CGGCGAUGAUGUUCAAAGCUUCUGAACGACGAUGAUAUGUGCUUGUUUUCAUUGGUGAAGUCAGUUUGAUUGGAACAGGUGCUGUCAGAAGUGCUGUGAUGGGGAUGGACUUGACCUUGCUGCUUGACCCUUGACCUUUUGGAAAUAACUGUCAGGAUGUCUGUCAUCACAUUGCAGCUUGGCCAGUGUGGGAAUCAGAUUGGAGGUCAGCUCUUCCAGACCUUCAUGGAUGAUAUCCUCACCAAACCCUCACAAACACAGGUACCUCCUGAUAAAAAUGAGACCUACAAAGACGAGGUCCUGUCUCGGUUUUUCUACAAGGAUCAGAUGAAAGAGGGUCUUCCUGAAGCAAGGGCAGUAAUGGUUGACAUGGAGCCGAAGGUGAUAGCCCAGAUAUGUUGUGAUGCCAAGAAGUCAGGCCAGUGGGUGUACCCAGCUAAACAACAGCUCUGUCAGCAGAAAGGUUCAGGAAACAACUGGGCACAUGGUUACUGUAUCCACGGUCAAGGUCAGGAGGUCAAGGUCAUGGAGAUGGUCCAAAGAGAGGCUGAGAAGUGUGACAACCUUUCAGGUUUCUUGUCGCUGAUGAGUGUGGCUGGAGGUACAGGAUCGGGGGUAGGGGCGUAUAUAACGGAGUGUAUUAAGGAUGAGUUUCCUCACGCCUUCCUCCUCAACCAGGUGGUGCUUCCGUACAGUAUGGGCGAGGUGAUCGUACAGAACUAUAAUGCCGUUCUGACUCUGUCACACUUGUAUCGUAAUGCUGAUGCCCUCAUCGUCAUGGAGAACGACCAUAUCCAGAAGAUCUGUUCACAGCUGCUGGACCUCAAGAAGAUUUCCUUCCGCGACAUCAACAAUGUGAUAACACACAAGCUGGCUAGCGUACUACAGCCAGUCUGUGUGGACAAGUACCCCGGCUACUCCUGUCAGAACACUCUGGGAGAGCUAAUGGAACACCUGGUCCCCCACAGUGAUUACAAACUGUUGACGGUGAAGAACAUCCCUCAGAUGUCCGAGGCGGCCAUGACUUUCUCCUCCUAUCAGUGGCACGGCCUGCUCAAACACCUGCGACAGAUGCUCAUCGCUGAUGCAGCCAUGGAGGAGGGCAUUAACUGGCAAGUCAAGUUAGGAGAUGAAACGCCUCGGGGCAGUAGUCGCCACAACCGGUCCCUUGCAAACUUUCUGGUUUUGCGUGGUAAGGAUGCAGGGUCGGUGGACACCUCGAUGUUUGCUGACCCUACCCUGUAUGCCCCCUGGGUACCAUCAGGGGCCUGUCUCCUCACCGGUGCUCAGCCGCGUCUGUUCAGCAACUACGAGAAGAGUGCCUCUCUUGUGUCCAACAGCCGGACACCUGUACAGACUUUGGACCGCAUCGUGGACAAAGCUUGGAGCAUGUUCUCGUCACGUGCCUAUGUACAUCAGUAUGUGAAACACGGACUGGCCGAGGAGGACUUCUUAGAUAGUUUUGUGACUUUGGAACAAGUUAUAGCCAGUUAUAACAACUUAUGAUGAAGUUACAACUCAUGGCCAUUAACAAGACAAUGUUUGAAGAGUAACUAGUCAUAGCCAGUUACAACAUCUUGGAACAGUCAGAAAUAAGUAGUAGCCAGUUAAAAUAUUUUUGGACAGGGUAGCAAGUCAAAGCAAGAUACAUCAAGUUACAACAAACUACAUGUAUGACAGAGUUACAAGUCAUUGCAAGCUACAUAAAAUAACAACAAACUACAUGUAUGACAGAAUUACAGAUCAUUGCAAGUUACAUCAAGUUACAAGAAACUACAUAUAUGACAGGGAUACAAGUCAUUGCAAGUUACAUCAAGUUACAACAAACUACAUGUAUGACAGAAUUACAGAUCAUUGCAAGUUACAUCAUACUUCAUGUAUGACAGAAUUACAGAUCAUUGCAGGUUACAUCAAGUUACAAGAAACUACAUGUAUGACAGAGUUACAAGUCAUUGCAAGUUACACCAAGUUACCAGAAACUACAUAUAUGACAGGGAUACAAGUCAUUGCAAGUUACACCAAGUUACAACAAACAAUGAUAGAGUAAUAUAACAAGUUAAAGCAAGUAGAAUAGGAAAAAAUACGUCAGUUUAACGACUAAUAGCCUGUGGGUGGUCAGGUGGCGCAGUGGAUAGUGCAUUUGCCUUUCACCAAGUCUGCGGGAGUUAAAAUCCCUGAUUUGACUUAAAAUGGUAUGGGAUUACCAGCCCGAACACUUGGGAUUUUUCUGGGUACUCUGAUUUCCUCCCACAUAAAGACAUAUAGACCCUCCCUGCGCUUACAUCGGAGCCAGAUUAAUAUAAGUUGAAUGAAAUUGUUUCAUGAUUGUUGUAAAAUAAUUUACAACAAGCUACAUUGUAUGGCAGUUAUAAUUCACUUCUAUUACUCCAUUUGAUGAGGGGUUUGGGUGGGACGCUUCCAUUGUGCCAUUUGAUUGGGGAGGGAGGGCUCUUCUAUUCUUCCAUUUACUGGGAGGAGGGAGGGGGGGCGGGGAGGUAGGCAUAUAGAGUUCCCAUUAUCCGUCCUGUCAUGACUGUAGCGACUUCCUUUCUUAACAAAGUUUAUACAAAGGUAAAGUAUGAGAAUACCUCGUACGAGUUUAUAUUUCAGAGUUCCAAAGUCAACACUAAAAAUGCCGAUGCUGUUUAUAUGUCAUCAACAGAGCCAAGGGGGUAUUAAUGUCUUUAGAUGUUUGCUUGUCCUGUCAUGACUUUAGA